AUGGAAUUGAUGUCUCAUUCCUCAACCUUCCUUCUUGAGCCGGAGAAUCCAAACGCAGAUUCUUCUUCUAUCUCUCUGACAUGCGCUCUCAUUGUUCUCAAUCAACCUCUCCCCAAACUCACUCCUCUGUUUUGGGACCACGCACAUAUACGAGUGUGCGCAGAUGGAGGUGCCAACCGUCUGUAUGAUGAAAUGCCUCUUUUACUUCCUGGACAAGAUCCUUUUCAAAUUCGCUCAGAGUACAAGCCUGAUGCAAUCAAAGGUGACUUGGAUUCAAUCAGGACAGAAGUUCUUGAUUUCUAUGCAAAACUGGGAACGAAGAUAAUCGACGAGUCUCAAGAUCAGGAUACUACAGAUUUGCACAAAUGUGUUGCAUUCUUACGUGACCUUACACCAAAUACUGAUAAAUCAGAACUAUGCAUUCUCGUUGCUGGAGCACUUGGAGGGAGAUUUGAUCACGAGAUUGGAAAUAUCAAUGUGCUGUGUCUAUUCUCAAACACACGUAUUAUCCUUCUAUCUGAUGAUUGUCUCAUUCAUCUUCUUCCAAAGAAUCACUUGCAUAAGAUCUUCAUUCAAAAUUCUGUCGAGGGUCCACACUGUGGACUAGUUCCCAUUGGGAUACCAUGUGGAAGUUCUACAACCACGGGACUUGAGUGGGACCUCGAUCACACAGAGAUGAGAUUUGGCGAUUUAAUAAGUACGUCAAAUAUUCUAAAAGAAGAUAUUGUAACAGUACAGUCUGAUUCAGAUCUUCUUUGGACUGUUUCUAUCAAGAAGUCCUAG